GACAGAAACCCUUCAAACACUCUUGGAGGGUUUGCUAAUCGGUCACAAAGACUACAACAGUAAUCUGUAACAGAAUGGACGAAUAUUGUUCCAUUUUCUCUUUACUCUCUGGUUGGCCUAGAAUGUACCGACCGAUUGUUUCUGACCCGGUUGUGUAUUCAGAAACAAUCAACAUUCGCUGAUCAUAGAAUAGCCUGGAACUGACUAGCUUAAGUGUGCUUAGGAGUCAGCGUUAGGAGUGCUUAGAAGGUCGUGGUCGUGAAGAACUGAAAAGGCUGGUUGAAGUAGUUUCGUUAAAAUAACAUAGGUUUCUGAGUUUUUGGUACUAUUGAGAGAAAUGGGUUUGCACUUCGGAGAAUUGGCCAAAAUUCGGGGCAUUAUUACGUACAAAUUAUCGCCCUUUGAACAACGAGCGUUCGCAGGACUUCUCUCUCAUGGUUUUCCGAACUCUGUAAAGCGUAUAGCGAGUAUGCUGAUUCGCGUUGUGCCGCCGUUUGCUGUUGCGUAUAUGAUAUAUGAUGGUGUGGAAAAGAAGCAUCAGCAAUUGAUGAGGAAGAACCCUGCUGAUUAUGAAAAUGACCAAUACCUGGAAACAGAUGUACUUCUUUCAAUCUAUUAUAGCGUAAUCUCACAACUUCAAUAUGGUAUUGAAAUAUGGGGAGGUACAACACAAAAAAAAAUUGAUAGAGUUACAAAUCCACAAUAUGAGACUAGAGACUACUCUGAAAAAGCCAACAAUUUAGAAACAACCCUUCCAUAAAUUAUUACUACUGAAGUCAAGGUGCAUUGUAGGCAUCACGUGAAACAAUGGAAUGGCCUUGUUGGAAAGGUAUGGUGGAAAGAGUACCUUUUGAUUUUC